UAAUUAGCUAAUUGGUUAGUCCCGCAAAAUCAGGGACUCAAUUGUUUUGCACCAUUUUGGAUCCUGCGACCGGUGUCAGGGUGACAUCUUCUGUUGUUGUCCUUUGGUUCCCAGUAAGCGGCUCCACCAUGGCUACCGGUAUAGAGGAAUGGAAAGAAAAGAGCAGCGAUGCCUGGAUCGAUUUCUGCGACAAAGUAGAGAGCAAGGGAGGCCCUGUCGGAGAAUUUGUCUCGCGGAACAUUUUGAAGCGAAUCGUCGUCAACGCCCCUGUCCUCUUGGGCUUUGUCCUGAUCUGUACACUGGUCCAUGUGUGCUCCGUAAUCUAUCCCGGCCUUCGGCCCAUUCUGGGCGUUGAUGAACGGUUCACGGAGUACUGGAACCCAUUUUCGUACCUCAGUCUGUUUACACAUGUCGUGGCGCACGAGAACUGGCCUCAUCUUCAAGGCAACAUGGUUCAUCUUUUGCUGGUUGGUCCAUCCGUGGAAGCCUCAUUUGGCUCCAAGAACUUGUUCUAUAUCAUUGUCUUGGUGGCCUUUAGUAGUGCUCUGGUUCAUCUGUUUGUUGGCAAGGCACACACUUACCAACUGGGCGCUUCGGGUGUGGUAUUUGCCUGCAUUCUACUGAGUUCGCUGGUGACAGCCUCAACCGGGACCUUGCCCUUGUCCUUUUUGAUUGUAGCCACUUGGUGGUUGGGUGAUGAAUUCUGGAAGUUCUUCUUCUCAGGAGACGCCGUCUCUCAUCAUGCGCAUUUAUCAGGUGGAAUCGUCGGAACAAUUGCUGGCUACUACAUCCACAAGAAACGAGCGGAACAGGCGGCCAAAGGGGUUGCCAGCAAGUGGUUAUCAGGCUUUCGGGCAGCCAAGAAGAAAGAGUAGAUGCUACGCCGAAAUGAAACCAAACGACACUAAAUACAAAGGAAAUCAUCCAGACCUUGCUUUAGGAUUCUUUUACAUGUUGCUUCUGUUGCGUUCUAGUCUUUUUUAUCUUGGCUGAGCAAACCCAGCCGUCGACAAAAGAAGCAUCGAUGCUACGGUAUAGACGACCCAGUGCUCAAUUUCUCCCACAGCAACAUAGUCCGUUUUUUGCUGCAUGGGUUGAUCCAUUGUGGGAAAGUUCAGUUGCUU